CAGCUCCACACGAUGGCUAAUGUUCUCCGAGUACAGCCUCUCAUGAAGGAUCAGUACAGCACAGCAGCUCCCCACCAUGCAGCAGGAGCUUGGGCCCUAUGCCAGGUCCUUGGGUGCUGCCCUCCAUCAAGCCUUUUCACGCACUGAGAACCCCUUCUGCUGCUGCUUCUCUUUGAAUCUCGUAUUGGCCAAACCAUCCCAUCCCCAGGCCAAGCUUCUUACUCCGCCUGAGAACAACAAAACUGCAGCCUGCCAUGUCCCUUAAUGGUUCAUUUCCCAAAAACAACAAUAACACACAUAUGGAGAUCCAGCUGGCCUCCACAAGCAGUGUGAUAAACAAUACUCACCCCCAGAGCAACCAUCAUAGAAGAGAUUAUCUGGUCAAAGCUGAAGCCUCUUCAGGUCAGUCAAACCCCAUUAAGGCUUCCAGGACUCACAAUGAGCUUCACAAGGAACUUCUACUGGCCCACAAGAGGGGUCUAGUGCUGAGCAGCAGGUCAGAGCUUCAGCAGGUGCUGGAGAGGAGGAAAAGGGUGCAGAGUGACAAGGAGGAGGAAGGACAGAGCAGGACUCCUCUGGACGAUGUGCUGCUCAGACGUCAGCAGAGACAACUUGAGAAGGAGAAAGAAAAAGAGGAAAGAGUACGAGAAGAAGCCCACUUGAUGGAGUUUGUCAGAGUCCGACAGAACCUAAGAAAGAUCCACACAGUGAUCCAGAGCAAGGCUGCAAACACAUGAAGUGCUACAGAAGAAUGCACCUGAAGUGUAAAAUUAACUCUUGUCUAAUCUGUGUUUA